AUGCUGUGGAUGCCAUCCAUGCUCUCUGCCUUAGCCAUUUACUUCUUUACAAAAUAUGUGAAAGAUUCGCCCUUCACGAUCGCUGUUUACACGUUCUCGGCAAUCGCCCUUUUCCAUGGGCUGCGAUGGUGUCUUGGUACCUCCUUGCAGGCCGCUCAAGACAGUCGAUGGCUUUAUCCUCAGACAGAGUAUUUCCCACUGUCGAAGCUGUACGAGCUCGCGGGGAAGGACAUUGUUUGGUCGUCCGUGUUCUCCAACAUGCCGAAGAUCUUGCUGAGUGCUUUCAUCAUCUCCAUCGUGAACAUUGCCUGCCAGCUUGCAGUCACCGCCAGCCUGCUUCCGCCAAAGGUGAUGGGUGCAUCCACGUUUGACUAUGAGAUGAUUGUUCAAGGCCGGUCUCACAUUAUCGGUGGCCUUGCGCUGGGAUUUGCUUCGGACUUCGGGAAUGAUGAUACAUUGGUACACCGUAUGGUCGGAGGCCGCUUCCGAUUGAGCAUGUGGGCCCAUGUCGUGACUACAGCCUUAUGUGUGCUUUGCGUGGACAUACCGAAGAACAGCCUACCAUACGUUCCACGCUUCGUAAACGGUACCAUCGUGCUGUUGGCCUCGGCGGAGCUGCUUAUAGCCGGCUUCGUGCAGGGCUAUGCGCUUCUGACGAGAACAGAAUUUGCAGUGGUUUGCGUGGCUGCGUUGGUAACCUUGCUAUGCGGUGGUCAAGUUCAGGCUGGACUCUUUGCGGGCAUGUUUCUUGCCUUUGCAGACGCGAUUCGAAACUUCACCCGGGCAUUGGAGCAGCUCUCAAUAAAGACAGAAGGAGACGUGGCCGUUGUCGAGCUGCCCAACUACAUGUUCUUCGCCACAGCACCAGGCAUCGUUGCCACCAUCCGCCGUACUCUUUCGGAGUCCAGCGAGGUCAUUCUCGACUGGGAGAAAGUGCGUGGAUUGGACACGAAGGCCACCUUGGAAUUCGCGCAGCUGUGCGCCGAGGAGCAGGCCGAGGAAGCAAGGGGCAUCCUGACCUUCGCAGCGCUUGAGCCUUCCAUUCGCGCACAGUUGGUGGCGGCCCAUGCGCUGCCCGAGGCAAGCAGCUCUCGCAACCUUGAGAUGGCUGAGCUCCCAGCAGGGAGAAGAUCCACGGCGUCAGGAUCCUCUCGACGGCAGUCGCUCGCAUCGACUGAGCACGCACAUGAUGCGAGAAGGCUAACCGGCAUAACGGCAUUGCGAAGGAGCAUUGCGAUGCCAACGGGCCCAAUAGGAUCCUGUCCCCGUGAAGCACGCAGCCUGGCAGAAGCCCUGGCAGAAGCCCGGCAAAGGCUGCCUACACCUGCCAGCAAGUGA